AUGACCACACUGACCUUGGGCCGCAGCUACACGCUGGACUCCAUGCUGAUGGACACCCCUGUGACGCCCUCAGGGCCAGUGUUCCUGCCGGAGCAAGCCCUUGUGCUGCAGAACAAGCUGUUUACUGCUUUCGGUGAUGGUGCAGAUGAGAAUGAUUCGCAAAGCAAGCUCGACCUGGCUGAUCUGGUGGUGGAUUGGAUCAGGGAGAUGCAGGCCGUGGAGGUCGUCCAUCCAGGCCCAGGUGACGAUGAGUUUAGCAACGUCGCGAGGAAGAGCAUUGAUGAUUGGGGAACCGUGUGCUCAUUGGUGAAGACUAGGGAGGCCCUACGUCAGCAGAACAAGGUGAAGAUGGAGCACGUGGAGCAAGCUGUGGCCAAGGCCCUCGCACAAGUUGUGCAAACGGGCCUCGCAGGGGUUUCGUCCCACAGCAGCGCCAUCACAUCCAAGAUGGCAGCAUGGAAAAAGGGGAUCCAGGAUGAAGGUGUGCGCCAGCUUGCAGCCGCAGAUGAACAGAUCAAUGAGGCUGUGCAGAAGGCAGAGGCGACAGUGGCAAGCCUGUUGAGGCUUGCCCGCUCUUUGUAUGAUCGGGACCGACCAAAGAGCGAGGAUGAGGUUGUUGCAGCGAUGAUGCUGCAGGUGGAGCAGCACAUGGAAAGCCUGGCAUUGUCAGGCUGUGGUGCUGCGGCUGGGACUGGGGGCACGACCCAGGCAUCGCCCAUGGAUGUCUGCUCUGCUCAGGAGGAGCGACCUCAACGUGGAAUGCUGCCCCCACCCCCUCCUGAUCGAGCUGUGGAGCUGCAGUUGCAGCUCACGCGGACAGGGCUUCACCGCCUGGACGCCACGGCAGACACCCUCAAAGAGAUGAUGCAGUACGGCUUGCUGCUGCAACGGGCCGACGGCAGCUACGAAACCCCGGAGGAGCAGGCUGCCGAAAACUGGGACAACUCAAGCAUUGUCUUUAACGCCAAGCUCUCCAAAACACAACGACGCCGCGGAAAAUACGUUAUGAAAACGUUUCGGGACCUGAAGGCGCUCUACGGCAGUGCCAGUGCCAAGGCAAUCCGUGAACGGAAAAAGGAGUUGGGGUCCGAAUGGUGGUGGCCGCAUCCGGAGAUGGGGGAGAGCGAGGAGUGGGAGUGCUUCAAAGUCUACGACUCCAUGGAGUUCGAGGACGACGAGACGAGCACGCAGGAGCACUCGUUCAGGGCCGAGGGCACUCUGGAUGCUGGGAAGCUACCACCAGCCGGGAGCUCCGGCCAGCUCGUCCUACUCGGUGAUGCCCGAAAGGGGAAAUCCAAAGGCAAAACCUCUUUGCGAAAGUCCGCCACGGCGAAGCUCUCCCAAAUCUCAUCGAAGCUAACCGAAGCCCGUGUUCUGGCUGCCGAGCUGCCUGCUGCCACGCAGAUGUCUGAGAAGAUGAGGGACGGCUACACGCAGGAGCUCGAAGAGGGCAAGCAGUCGGUGGAACAGGCUCGGGCUAAGCUCGAGACGUGGUUUGCACGAAAGCUUGAAGAUGCUGAGAUUGUGGGUCCCGAGAGAGCCGUGUAUGACGAGAUUCUCCGAGAAGUGGAGAGUGCAUUCGUGAUGCUGAACGGGAAGGUUAAAGCUGUGAAAACGGCAACAGCCCCGCCGAAGGAAGCCAAAGCGAAGGCCAAGGGCCGGGCUGCCAAGGGUCGGUGUGUGAGCACGCCUCUACAUGCCUAUGUCUUGCGGAGCAUCGGCAAAGGGGUGACUUCGUUUGUGGGGGCUCGCGAGAUGCUUGAAGCUGUGAACCAGGAGUUCCAGGGCUAUGGCAUGGAGCUUGGAGGAGCUGCAGGCGAGCUCAUUGCAACUUCGGGGAAAUGGACUAGCAACUUUCAGCGGGAUAUGCUCCGAAAGUGCAAAGCUGCCAAGGUUCCUGUUUCCAAGAUCCAAGUGCCGGUGAUGCUAAAGGGUGAGCUGAAGAAACGGAAUCUUCCUGUGGUGCUGCCACACGAGGUGUUUCCUUGGCUGGUGAAACAGGGUCUUAUUCCGCUGAGCGAAACGGAUGAGAUUACAAAGUUCUGGUCACAUGCUAGAACGGCAGGCAUGCCAACCAUGGGGGCCACUGACUCGCACAUCCCGUUGUAUCUCUGGGGUGACGACGCAAGAUUCACAGAGACUCACGAGGAUAAGAUUGUGGUUGUGGCUUUUGGGAGGGUGCUUGAGACAUCCAAAAAUGCCUUGGAGACCGUAUGGCCUCUGUUUCUCUACCAGCAGGUGGUGACUUCUUUCAACAUCCUCUUUGAGCAGGGUGUCAUGGUGGAGACCCCGAGUGGCGAGCGAAAACGUGUUUUCGCUGCAGUGGUCCAAUAUCAAGGAGAUUGGAAGUGGCACAAGCCGGGCUUCAAGAUUUCCAACCUCGACCGGUACCCCACUUUCCAGUGCAAAGCUUACAAUGGACGAGUCGUGGUUGCAUGGCUGGCCAACAAAGCUGUGCAGUGGCACCUUGCGAACUGGUUCAACGUGACGGAGCGCUGUCCCCGCUACCUGUCGGUCGAGGAAGCCAGCUCGCUUCAGUGUGCAUGUGAUUGCUCCUUGGAUGCCUACCUACAGCUGGCACGGCAAGCUGUGAACGACAAGAUGUGUCUGUUUCCAGUGAAACCAAAGUUUCAUGGAUGGCAGGAGAUGGCACUCUGGGCUGUGAAGCACCGCAUAAACCCGCGAACCUAUCACUGCUUCAGGCAGGAGGAUAUGGUUGGGUCUGUGGUGAGAAUUGCUCAGGCUUGCCACAAAAGAUCUGUCGAGGAGAUGGCUUUGGCCCGUGUAUAUCUUCAGCUCUGCUACUCAAAGGGUACCGGAAGCCGCUGA